AUGGCCUCCAACCCCUCCAAGACAGCGGCGACCAAGCCGCCCGCUUCGCCCGUCAAGACGGCGUACCUGGUGCUCUACAACUUCGCCUCGGCUGUCGCGUGGAGCGUCGUGCUGGGUCGCGUCCUCGCCGUCUGCGCCCUGCGUGGGCCGCAGUUCACCUACGCCGCCGCCGGCGAAUGGACCAAGUGGACGCAGACGGCCGCCGCCCUCGAGAUCUUGCACUCGCUGCUCGGCGUCGUCCGUGCUCCCGUCUUCACCACCCUCACGCAAGUCUCGUCGCGCUUCCUCCUCGUCUGGGCCAUCGUCGACUCCUUCCCCUUCCUCGCCACAUCGCCCUUCUACUCGUCCAUGCUCGUCGCCUGGUCCGUCACCGAGGUCAUUCGCUACUCUUUCUUCGCCCUCUCUCUGUCCGGCUGGCAGCCCGCCGCCCUGACCUGGCUGCGCUACAACACCUUCUUCGUCCUCUACCCCGUCGGCAUCACCAGCGAGUGCGCCCUCAUCUACCUCGCCACCGUCCCCGCGGCCAUGCGCAACCCCGUCGAGCCGUACAUUCUCUAUGCCGUCCUGGCCAUAUACGUUCCCGGCUCCUACAUGCUCUACACAUACAUGAUGUCCCAGCGGAGAAAGGUCCUCCGUGCGCAAAAGGCUCAGACCGGCAAGGCCCAGUAA